CCCGGCGGCAUGGAGCAGAGCGUGGUGGAGCACCCGGUGACCCUCAUCAUCAAGGCCCCCAACCAGAAGUACACCGACCAGACCAUUAACUGCUUCCUGGACUGGACCGUGGGCAAGCUGAAAUCUCACCUCUCCAAAGUGUACCCCAGUAAGCCGUCUACAAAGGAUCAGAGACUGGUGUAUUCUGGCAGACUGCUUCCUGAUCAUCUGCAGCUGAAAGAUGUUCUCAGAAAACAAGAUGAAUAUCAUAUGGUUCAUCUGGUAUGUACUUCCCGGACACCCCCAAGUUCUCCAAAACCCAGCACCAGUAGAGAAGGUCACGGAGCUUCAACCUCCAGCAGUAGCUCAAAUUUAGACCGUUCUGGAUCACCUGCUGCCUCACCCACAAGCCGAGAAGCUUCAUCUACAUCUUUGAACGCUAAUGCUGAUGGAGUGAGGCAUCGUAAUCUUCCUCAAGCACAAAGCAAUCCCACACCAAGCCACCAGUUCCCUUAUUUAAUGCAAGGCAAUAUAGGCAACCAGUUUCCAGGCCAAGGUGUUCCUUCUGGAUUUUCUAUGUAUCCUGCGUUCAGUCCCUUACAGAUGAUAUGGUGGCAACAGAUGUAUGUACGUCAGUACUACAUGCAAUACCAAGCUGCUGUUUCAGCCCAAGUGACUUCCAGCACUGAGCCAGCAAGAUCUGCAGUUGCCCAGGCUGUAAAUUCAGAACAUGCUCCUGCAAAUGAGCCUGCAGCAGUGCCAAAUGUAGCCGUCCAGGAGAACAGGCCUGUAAACCCAAAUGUCCAGAUGAAUGCACAGGGUGGCCCAGUAGUGAAUGAAGAGGACUUCAACCGUGACUGGCUGGACUGGAUGUACACGUUCUCUAGAGCAGCAAUUCUUCUGAGCAUCGUAUACUUCUAUUCUUCUUUCAGUCGAUUUGUCAUGGUAAUGGGAGCCAUGCUGCUCGUUUAUUUACACCAAGCUGGAUGGUUUCCCUUUAGGCAAGAGGGAGGCCAGCAACAGGCAGCCAAUAAUGCGGAAGUGAACCGUGAUGGGCAGCAGGCAAAUAAUCCUGACCUUGAAGAGAUGGAGCGACUCAUGGAUGAUGGGAUUGAUGAAGACAGCGGAGAAGAUGCAGGUGAAGAUGCCAAUACAGAGCAGCAGCCUGGAUUCAUGGCUUCUGCUUGGUCCUUUAUCACAACCUUCUUCACAUCACUCAUCCCUGAAGGGCCUCCACAGGUUGGCAAUUAAAGUGGAAAAGGAACUGUGUCAGGCAGCCUCAGUAGCCAUACAUAGAAGUGGAGCAGAUUCUAGAGUGUUCUAAAUACAGUGCAAUUUCUGAAAAUUCAUAAUGGUUUUGAUCACAGUGUACAAAAAUGUGUAUUUUUUUUCUUUCAGCUUUCUCAUGCAUUGAAUAUUUUAAGCACAAGUGGACUACUAAAUGCUUUCUUUAGAAUUCUUCUUUUUCUGAAGAAUAAAAUGUAAAGAUAUUGGUCUUCCAUGUUUUAUUUUAAUUUCAAAUGUGUGUUAUACUGAGGCAAGGAGCUUGUACUUAAUCUGCACCAUUACCUCUUUAAAGAGCUGUUAAAACAUGAAUGUUGAUGGACCUGUCCAAAUGCUCUCUAUUUAUCUGAGUCAUGUAUCUUGUGUUAGUUUUAUGCAGGGUAUGAAUUCUCACUUGGGAUUUGGAACUUGUAUCAUUCUUGAGAGAAUGCUGUAGACACAAGGGUUACUUGUAAUGGCAU